AUGACUCUUGAGGAGGUUCUGAUCCAGAAACCCACCGAGCGUGCUCAGUGCACCGGCAAAGCCCUGGAGGAGGUCCUGGUGUCCGCUAAAGACAACGACUCCCUCACCGUCGGUGUCUACGAGAGCGCAAAAAUAAUGAAUCUUGACCCGGACAGUGUGUCUUUCUGCGUCCUGGCCAUGGAUGAGGAGUUCGAGUGUGACAUCGCUCUCCAGAUCCACUUCACCCUCAUCCAGUCCUUCUGCUUCGACAACGACAUCAGCAUCGUCAGAGUGAGCGACAUGCAGCGUCUGGCUGAGAUCGUUGGUGACAAGGCGGAGCAGCUUGAAGACGCUCACUGCGUCCUCAUCACGAACCCAGCUGACGGGUCUUGGGAGGACCCUGCUCUGGAGAAGCUGCACCUGUUCUGUGAGGAGAGCCGCCGUCUGAACGACUGGGUCCCUGAGAUCAGCCUCCCCGAGCGUUGAUCUGGGCCUCGGCUCC